GAGCCUAAAGAAGAAGGAGGAGCGCUGUCAUGGCGGCCAAGGUGGUGAUGGUGGCCGUCCCGACGGUGCUGGGCAUAGCCUCCAUCCGAGUGUACACGGUGAAGGAAGUGUCCGCUGAUGGACUGGUUACUCGUGAAAAGCUGAACAUCUACAACCCGCUGCCACCAUCCACUCAGGUUCACUUUGUGCCAGAUAGCCCUGGCGUCAUUGAGAGCGGCUUAACUACAGCGAGAGAGAACAUACUACCAUUUGUCCAUGCUGUAAAGGGUGCCUGUGUCUCUGUGAAAAGGGGAAGUGUAAACCUAUACCAUGCUGGAGAGGAUUUGUACUUUUACUUGAAAGACCCUCCCCCGGGUUUCCUACCCAGAUUUGGCACCAUCACCAUGGCAGGACUGCUUGGCAUGUUCUUGGCACGGAAAGGCUCUCGUUUUAAGAAGUUAGCGCUUCCACUGGGCCUGAUGAGCGCAGGAGCAUCAGUGUGCUACCCAGCCCAAGCAGUGGCUGUGUGUAAGGUGACAGGCAAGAAGGUGUAUGCUGCAGGGCAGUGGAGCAGCGCUACAGUGUCUUCACUGCUUACUUACGUGUCCCAGGAGCCGGUUGCCAAAGAGAUUGCUGCUUCAAAACCACAGGCAGCCACAGUGCCAAAUCCAGAGUCUGCAGUAGUUGAGGAGGCUCAGUCUGCCGCCUGCCAUGCCUCAGAGCCCAGCUCCACCACAGACGACUCAGCCCAGAGCACUGUGCUCUCUGAUGAGCCCAUUGUCAAUGGAACAGAAGAAGGAUCAUCAGUAACACUCACAGAGAUUUCCCCAGACCAGCCCCCCACAGAGACCAACACAGAUCUCGUGGUACAGUCGGUGCCAGCAGAGACCACUCCUCCCUCUGAACUACCUGCCCCUGUUGAAAGCGAGGAGCCCCCAGCCUUAAAACCAGCAUCAGAGGAAGUCUCCACUGAAGCCAGUGCAGCUGAGCCCACACCGAGCUUAGAACCAGAGACUGUAGAUCCUGCACCGGUCGAGCCUGCUCCAGCUGAGUCUGCUCCGGUCGAGUCUGCUCCGGCUGAGUCUGCUCCGGUCGAGUCUGCUCCAGCUGAGCCUGCUCCGGUUGAGUCUGCUCCAGCUGAGCCUGCUCCGGUCGAGUCUGCUCCAGCUGAGCCUGCUCCGGUCGAGUCUGCUCCAGUUGAAGCUGCCCCAGUCGAGCCUGCUCCAGUUGAGCCUGCUCCAGUCGAGCCUGCUCCAGUUGAGCCUGCUCCAGCUGAAGCCGCUCCUUCAACUGAGGAACCCCCUGCUCCAAAUACCUCAGAAGAGCCAGCAGCAGUGGCAGUUGUUGAAUCAGCUGACCUUGAAUCUGCCUCUGAACCUCAGCUGGUUGCUGCUGUGGAGGAGGCUCCAACACACACCCCACCACCUCCUGAACAGCCUGCAGCAGAUAACAACAAAGGGGGCUCUGGUUUCAAGCCAGACCCAGCUCUCAUGGACUUUGGCCAGUCCAACCCGGAGGAUGAAGACCUGUAUAGCACACGCAGUUGAGAGACCACAGUGGACCUCAGGAGAAAGCUCAUUCCCACACUGCCAACAGAUUAUAUCUCAUUCAAACUGACAAACACUCUCUGUAUCCUGCAAGUUCCAUCAUGAAGGGAAGAAGGCGUAUUUGAGAAUCCUUUAAUCAGUUUUUCCGUUCUCAUUACUUCUGCCCACAUCUUUUUAUAUUUUCAAGGUCCAGGUACAUUUACACUAAUGAGAAUGCAGCAAAUCCGGUAUACGGAUCUGGGUCAGUUUUGCAUAGAAAGCUAGAAGACUGGGGAAAAAAACCACCUACAACUGUUUACAAGUCAUUUAAUUCACAGCUAGCAGAUUGUGUCAUUUUCUCUUCGUCUGUGUCGUUAAACAGAUCGUGGCUUUUUGUGCUGCAGUUGUCACAGUCAUGAAUGCAUGGUGCUUUUAUUUAUUGUAAUUUAGCCCAUCGCGUUAGUAAGCGAAAAAAUAUCACGCGUGCUUAUGAUCAUCACAAGAUGGACUAGUGCCGUUUCAUUUUGUUACAUCAAAGUGUGUCUUCCUUGUUGAUUUAAGAACCCAAAUAAAUCUAUAUUUUUCAUGAAUUCA